UGUCGUGGCCUUGGCGUCUAUGGAGCAUGGGCACGUGACAGAAAUGCGAAAUGCGAUGAGAAACCGUUACUAUUCUAUAAACCCAUACCAAAAUAACGUGGUCAGUUGGUAUUAGGUUCCAGUAGUCUGGUUCCAUGAUAGCAGGUACCAGCAGACAGUGUCGUUGAUGUCCCAAUAAUUUAAAAACCAGUUAGAACGUUUUAAUUAGACUUUUACCAGUGCGGUAUCGGCGGAACAAUACAACCUACCUGUUACUGAAAUAAGCGGGUGUUGCUGGUAGCACGUUAUCUGGGCAGUACGUUACCACUGGAUAACCCUGUUGCUGACACAAUACGUAACACACCGCCCAUCUCUGAGCGACCGACAACAAGUGUACAGUUGGUGUUUGUUCGCGCGCCAUGGAUAACCUUCCUCGCCGCGGGCCUACGGGUUUAAGAAGACGUCACCUAGUGACAUUCCUAGCGUUCCUGGGGUUCUUCACCUUGAACAGUCUCAGGUCGAACUUCGUCGACGCUAUUGAACCCAUGACCACUCCCUACAAUGUCACCCUGGACAACGGAACAGUUGUGGAGAAAGUAAGCUUCAACUUUGAAAUGCGGGUGGUAUCACAUGUCAUGAGUUCCUCCUUCUACGGAUUUGGCGCCACUCAGAUUCUAGGAGGGUGGCUAGGUGCCUGUCUGGGUGGCAGUCGAGUAUUCGGUGUGGGGGUGGCCUUCACAGCACUGUUUUCUCUUGUUAUGCCUUUUGUGGUCAACACAGGCGUGGUCAACCUACUGAUAGCCAUCAGAGUCAUUCAGGGUCUCUUUGAGGGUGUCACUUACCCGAGUAUUAUCGCCGUCUGGUCUCGAUGGGCGCCUCCCCAGGAGCGGGCUCGGCUGGUUACCAUCGCCUUCUCAGGCAGCUAUUUUAGUGUCGUAGUCAGCCCCCCAGUUUGUCGCUUCAUCGCCAAUACCCUUGGCUGGCCGUUUAUCUUCUAUACCACAGGUAUACUCGGGUUAAUAUGGUGUGCUGUUUGGUGGACUGUGGUGAAGGACAAACCUGAAGACGACCCUCACAUCUCCACAGAGGAACUAAAGUACCUUAGAGACAAUCUUGAUUGUGGACCUAACGACUCUAUUCCUAAACAUAUCAUAUAUCCUUGGGACAAGUUCGUCACAUCGUUGCCUGUAUUUUCCAUAGUUGUGGCUCACACCUGCAUGAGCUUUGGCUUCAUUUCACUGGUUGUUGGAGUGCCAAUGUUCUUGAGAGAUACAUACAACUACCAGUUAGAUACUAGUAGAACCGGACUUAUGUCGUUACUGCCGUAUCUAGUGUUGGCUGUCCUGAUGCCGGUCGCUGGAACGUUGGCUGACUGGUUGAGGAACUCAGAAGUGCUCACUACCACACAAGUGCGGAAAACUUUCAUCUGUAGUACCUUCAUAAUUCAGGCGAUAUUGAUUUUGCUUGCAUUCCACAUAAACUCCGUCAACGGUACGUUAGUGUGUCUGGUACUGGUCAUAGGACUGUCAGCGUUCGUCUGGGCUGCCUGCAGUGUAAAUCACCUGGACAUAGCGCCUCAGCAUGCCAGUGCUCUAAUGGGAUUUUCCAAUACAUUUGCAAGUGUUGCAGGCUUUCUGGGUCCCAGUCUUGUUAUCUUCUUCAUGCGUAAUGGGUGGAAGUACACGUUCUACAUAAUCAUCGCUGUCCAUCUCAUUGCGGCACUCUUGUACUGGGCAUUCGCUUCAGGAGAGAGACAGCGCUGGGCUCCCCCUGCACCUACCCCAGAAUCAGAGAGCCUAUCACGCCCACAAAGAAGCCAUAUCGUCUGAAUCUGUAUGAUGAGUUGUAAUUAAACUGUUGGUUAUUUUUUUACUGAAUUAUAAUUCCAAACUAUGUACUAAAAAACAAUAGCUGCAGUGCACAACUACUGUUUUGAAACCUAGUUGAAUAUAAUAGAGAACUGAACAAAAAGUCCAAACAUAAAUAAAGUACUAUAUAAAAAUAUGCUAAAAUGCUUAAUUUUUCGUACAUGCACAUACAAGCUAUACAGAUUUUAUGUCAUGUCAUAAUUGUCCUAGUUAGAUUUAAAUAAUAAAAAUAUGAAAUAUGAAAAAUGUUCAUUACGUAUGGAAUAAUAGAUUACCGAAUACUGUAAACUCUGACAAAGUGUAAAGCUUCCCAUACCAUGAGUGAGGUUUACGAAUAUUUAGAGAAAUUGCAAUCCAGUACUCCACACUGUCCCUCCGUUCCAUGACAUAUAUAUUCCACAUGUGCUUCAACUGAUUUAUCAUCCUGAUCGACCACCAGUAGCUGAGGGCUAAGACUGUGUUUGAUUAUUUAACCACAAUGAAUAUGUUUGCCAAAGUCUAAAAGUGGCUACAUAAACAAAUUAUUUUGAUAUCACUAUGGAUCACAAACUGAAAUGGGGAUUGCAUAUAAACGAUCUGGGUAAAAGGUUAUAAGCUAUAUUUAGGAAGCUCUAGUACUUAAGAAAUACCCUUACCUGUUCAACACUCUAGGUAAUUUAUAAUCUUAGAUGUAGUACGGACUUGAGUUAGGGGGUUACUUCAAACAACUUUUUAUACUGAAAAUAAUUAAUAAAUAACAUUUAUCUGAAUCUUUAAAAUCAGAAAAUUUAAAAACAUGCUAUAAAUUUGAAAAUAAAAAUUAUAAAAUCCAAAAAAAAAAUUUAAAAAUUGUUACAAAGUUAAGCCUUACACACUUUACGUUGCUUGAAAUUGUAAAUAAUGACUAAUAUUAUGAGUAGACAUGUGAAUAAAGUAAUAUUAUUAUCAUUGUCAAAUAGUUUACUCUAUCCAUACGCCGAAUACUAUAAAUUAUGAGUAAGCCAUGCCGUUGACACAUUACCAUAGGUUGUAAUAUGAUGCCAUCAUAAUGCCUGAUGCCGUAUUACAUUGUACUCUCAAACCAAGACAUAAAUAAUUGGACAUCUAAAUUCACUUGCCAUUAUUGUUUCGUAUAAUAAAGAAUAAUUUAUUUUCCUUCAUGUUUUGGCCAAAUAUCUUAUAUAAAUUAUAAGAUAAGAUGUAUAAUGAUCAUAUAAUUAAUUACCUAUUUCAAAUUAGAGUCAACAAGGCCUGAGCCUUCCGCUCCCUAUUUCUAAAUAAAUAACAAGAAUUUUAUUUAUGAGCAAUGAUUGAAUGUACGAUGCAGCUUAUAUGUUGUUCUAAUUUCAAGUCAGUUCCGUUACCAGGUAAAAAACCAAAUUGGUUGUUAAAGAAUAAGUUAAAGUCUUUAGUUAAAAUAUAAAAUAUCUUUGCUAUGUUAUUGAUAAGCAAUAUUGGGCUUAAUGAUGGGACAUCAGUGUCAUACCCGUUCUUAUACACACGUACAACUACAGCAAUUUUAAACUCACCAGGAAAUACUCCCUGUUCAAGAAACUUUUGUGAUUACAGUACAAUAAUGGUACAAAUAUAUCUGUAUUAUUCUUAAUAUGUUACCUAUAGCAUCCAAUCCAUAACUACUCUUAUUUUUCCCAUAUGUACUAUUCUAUAAAUAUCUGUUUCAACUAAAUCACAUGCACAUGUGUGUGUUUGCGCGUUGUGUGUGUGUGUGUGUGUGUGUGUGUGUGUGUGUGUGUGUGUGUGUGUGUGUGUGUUGUGUGUGUGUGUGUGUGUGUGUGUGUGUGUGUGUGUGUAAAUAUUCUAAUAGAUGUUACAGUAGAUGUUUGCGCCAAAUUCUCAUCAAGCAUUUAUGUCUUGAGGUCUUAAGCUAAGUAUUGCCCAACUCAGGUUCUGAUGACGGCGUACUAUGGAUUGAUUUACCCUCCACCUUACCUACGGAGUGAUAUUGUCAGGUGCCUUUGCAAAUAACCAGUUGACGAGAGUGUUCAAAUUGCAGAAACAAGAGAUUCGAAUAAUAGCUCAUUUGAAUAUCAGAGAGUUUUCUAGACAUUCUUCUAAACCUUCAAAACAUUUCGGCUGUUGACUCUGCCAAGUCUCUACAUUUUCGGAACAACUCUGUUCUGUAAGUUUAAUUGUGCCAUGACAGCUGGCCAAGAUAUUCAUUCGUAUGAGACCAGUUUCCGAGGAAACUACUGGACUGGUAAACACAUAACGGUGGUUUAUGAACAUCUCACUCACAGGCAGGUGUUCAUUUCAUCAACAAGCUGCCUAAUUUUUCAAAGAAUGCCGUGCCACCCUAUGUGCUAAUAACUCGUUUGGUACGAUCUUUAGCUUCAGAAACAUUUUAUAAUGUUUUUGUCAUUUGACUGGGAGAUCACCGAUUGACUUCGGUGCUGUAGGUGGAGAAUUGGCAAAUGGAUGAAUGAUGCAUGAUUGUUGAAUUAUAUGUUUGAGUGUGAUCUUGAUGUGGUAAGAAUGUACAAAGUUUUAGCUCUGAAUUCGAAUUGAGUUUUGCUAUAUAUACUUGUGCUAUUAUAUAUUUACGAUAGAUAAUACCAUUUUGUAAUUCACGCAAUUUUUUAAAAUUCUUUUAUCUCUAGUCUAGUUGUACUUUCCUUUGUUUAUAGUUACAAACACUUACGCCAGAAGCGUGUUCGCUUUUCUUAUUGUUAAUUAGUAAUUAUUUAUAUUUAGAAGACGUACAGUAAAGAUGGGUACCCAACGAUAAAUUAUUUGUGAAUUGUUGGGAGCCAAAGAUGUGUAUGUUUUUUUCCAAAUAAAACUCUUAACACUU